GCCAGGAAAUCUGAGCUUCGGUUGCAGCGCCGAGCGCAAGAUUCGUGCCACUAGGCCCGGUGCAGUAACGCUGGGCCGUUAAUUUGUGGGCCAGAACCGCUCGGCAUCGCCCAGACGCGCUGCGGCGCGAGGCAAAGCCUGCUGAGGCCUGCUCAGAGCUGAUCCAGGUCGAAGGCAAACCUAACGCGGGGGAGCAGAUUAACAGGCAAUUCCACUGCUCCCAAUGGUCAAGUUCGGCGUGCGCUUCGAGGAGGGCAGCGCCUCGCGCCACUGGCAGUCGUCGCACGUCGCCUACGGCGCCCUGAAGAAGGUGCUCAAACGGGCCUCGCAGGCGUCCGGCCGGCCCGUCGGCCGGUCGAACUACGGCCCGCCCGGCAGAGGUUUGCUCGACCUCGAGGAGGUGCGACGACCGUCAGAUACGUUCCUCGAAAGAGGCCUCGACGACGACGACAAGAGAACCCUAGAAACUUUACGAGGCCGUUUACUGAAACAGACCAAUGAAGAUGAUUUAAGUGAAGACGACGAGGAGGUCAAGGAGUACGACGAGGAGGUCGCGUCACUGACCCCCACGUCCCUGAACAAAAAACUCUGGAUAAGAGCACUGGACAAAGACAAGUCCCGAGCGUUUUUCUUGCACGGCUUCGACUGCGCCUUAGCUGCCGAAGUGGCCACGGCCGAGAGAAGAUAUGCGAGAGAAGCGGCGUCGCUGGAACGACGGUGGACCGCGAUCGCGCCGUCUUGCCAAGGUUACGAGGACGACCUCGAAGUCUCAAAAGCUGCUCCCGAACCGCUGAAGCUCCAGCUCGCGGCGCUGGACUCCGAAGCGCGCGCUCUCGUCGACUUCGUGGUCUGGAACUUGUGCGCGGUCGAAAAAAUUUCGAAGAAGCGCGACAAGCUCUUUCCGGAGGAACCACCAAUACGGGGCAGAGUCGUGGGUAUUCUGCGAGCGCGGGACGCCUGGACGGCGCCGCGAGCGCGGACGCUGUCGGGGCAGCUCCGGGACGCGUGUGCGGCUCUCAGUGGCAAAACGGAGCAGCUCGGCACCGCGGCGGCCGUCUCGGAGUUACGUAGGUUGGGAACAGCUAGGGGCGGCGAGGCGCCGGCUCCCGACGAGUCUAGGAGGAGAGCCUUCGAGGAUCUCGGGCGGAGCGCUUCGUUUGAUGACACAAUGAGGCCGCCCUCGCCGACGACGUCGGACGAGGCCGAGGUCGUGUCCCAGGUUCCAGUGCAAGUGAGCGUCUGCUGCUUUCAACGAAAGCGGAGCAAGGGCGUCGGCUUGCAACCGCCUACUGUGGGAGAACGUUUAGUUUUUUUGGAUGUGGACGGCGUCUUACAUAGCAUCAACGCUCAUGACAAGGACACGCUGAACACCCAAUGCUGCGACUCGCUCGAGACCAUCGUGCGGGCUACCGAUGCUAGGUUGGUAUUAACAGGUGCGUGGCGCUUAUAUCCAGCACUAGUUGAACGAGUAGAGGCUCUGUUAAAGAAGAGGGGCCUCCGACCUUUACUGGGUAAAGCUCCUUCCUUAACAGCGAAAGGCCACAACCGGGAGCGAGAAAUACGGGCCUGGUUCGUGAACAACCGGCCGAAGAAGGACCCUGGUAGGAGAUGGAUCGCGCUCGACGCCGGCAGAUUAGAUGGGUUGCGGGGCCACUUAGUCCGGACGGAUGGAGAAAAGGGUUUGACGCAGCUGGACGCGACCAUAGCUACUGGUUUAUUAAGAGGAGAUGCGGGAGCGUUCUUGCUCGGCUGCCGGCCGGACAAGCCCUGCCAGUUCUGCGAUCCCCGCAGACGUUUAUUUGCGGACACGUUCCGAGCUUUGUCUACUCCUGGCCGGGCGCCUUCUGAUGCCACCACUCCCUCCAAACACUCGGAAGUCCGCGUCACGUCGCCCGCAUCCCUACACCGCUUGCUAUCCUCCCAUCGGUUAUCCUCCGACCAACGGAGCGUCUCCUCGAACGAGUCGAGGAAGACCACAACCUCGGAAAGCUGGCUCUGCCCGUCCUCCUCGGCGAAGACGUUGACACUCGUCGAGUUCGACGACCAGGAAGCGUUGGAAACGGUCAAAGCUGUUGACCUAGCUUCUCUCUGCGUCGACCCGCAGCGACGAGCAGCAGCCGGCCUGACUUCACUCGGAAGAGGCGCCUACGCCGACGUGGUCUGCUUCAACGCCUCGACGCAAGUCGAGUGUGACGCCGUCAAAAUUCCUGCAAGACGGUUAGCCGUAAAAGUAGGUGCCUGGCCGUCCGAAAAGUCCUUUCAAAGGGAGUGCGACUGCCAAGCCUUGGCGGCGAAGAGUAACUCGGCACCUGCGGUCCGAGCGAGGGCCUGGGCCGGCGGCGCGGCCGGCGUCGGCGCGAUCGUCAUGGAUAGGCUCACGUGUCCGUCGUUUCAUGUGUGGUUGCUCUGGGUCAGUCGCGACUUCUCGCGGCGGCCCGGGUUUGGGUCCAAGGAGCGAUGGUUGAUCGACCCUCGCGUGCAUAGACUGCCCCUGGUUAAACAGUGGGCAGCAGAAGCUAGAAGGGCCCGCAAGGCGCUCAAUGACGCGGGAAUACGACAUGGGGACGUCCACGACGCGAACGUCGUCUUCGACGUGUCGUCGUGCGCCGACAAGGUGUUUCGCGGGAGCAUGGGCGACGCCAAGGCGUUAAAAAGGGUGCUGAUGCGGGAAAUUGGAAAAGGGCCGUCUCACUCCUCAGCGAAGCUGGUGGUGGUGGAUUUCGGACGAGCUCGCAAGGCGGACGGGUUUUCGCGAUGGUUGCUGCGGGCCUGCGGGGAUGAUCAUAGGAUGGUGGACCCCCAGGACUGCGAACGGGUCUCUGAUGUCACUGACAUCGAUAUGUGUGUCGACGACUUGGAGUCGGAAGCUUAUAUUGGGAAGGUGCCGGACACGCUAAAGGGGGGAUUGGCUGGGUUGCAGGCGUCGUUUGAGUCUCUAUAACUUUUGUGUCUU